AUGGAACUUCCCAUUACUCAAGAAAGAACCAAAGUUUUGCCCCAUGUCACUGUGGCUGCUCUCCAGAAGUCUCUGGAGCUUGGUUUCAGCCAGGUUGGACAUCGAAGCUUGUCGGUUCUGAUCACCGACUUGGAAGGCAUGAGUUGGAAGACUGCACCUUCCAAACAUGUGCCUGCAUUCGUUACACUCGAACCAAUUCUGGUGCACAUCUUGGAAAUUUGCAACAACGGCCUCAUCCCAGACUCCAAGUUGAUGACAGCAAUGCGAGCUAUGCACGAGCAGAAGAACUUCCAGUGUGGCGCAAGCGGUUCUUUCUCAAUGAUGUGUCCCUUUGUUUGUCAGAAGCUUCGACAAAUGGGCAGCAAGAUUCGGGGAAUUGCUACUUGCCCUACCUCCUGGGAACAGCUCGAGCGCAAGUUGACUGUGCGACAAAGGGAGGCCUUCGUCAAGCUUUGCCGCUGUAUCGACAAUCGUUUUCUAGGUUCCAGUGAGGGCGCCGAAUUAAGCCCCAGCCCGGUGCGGAGCUGA